AUGACUGCAUCAAAUAGAAAGGGCAGCACGCAUAGAAACUCAGUGACUCAAUUAAAUAAGAUAUUACCUGUUCCUAUACAAUUAGAGGACGAAACGAAUUCGGAGCAUUUCAACUCCUCAUCUCAUAUAACUGACGUUCUAGUGGGUGACUACCAUGUAAUACAAGGAGAAGGAGGCUCCUCGUAUGUGGUAUGGUCAAUAAGGAUUAUAGUAGAUGAAUCUGUUUACUCAUCGAUGGUAAUAUAUAAAAGAUAUAGCGAUAUUCAAAGAUUCAGAGAGACACUUAUCAAACAUUAUCCUGGAAGCGAAAUUCCUCAAUUACCCCCUAAAGAUAACUUCAGCUUGCAGAGAUUGCUGAUGUCCGACUACUGGUUAGAAAAUCGACGCAAGGGACUCCAGUGGUUCAUGACGAAUGUCUUGUUGAACCCCAAACACCAACAUUCACCAGUGAUAACCGAUUUCAUUCUAAAGUAA